GCUGUCUCGACGACCCACACAGCCCAGCGGACCAGCGGGGGCCGACGCGCACGCCGUCGAAACGCGCGCCCGCCUUUUUUUCGACGCCCGCGUUCGCCAAGCGUCUUAAAUACGAAAAUGUCGGACGACAGCGACCAAGAGUACGUCUACAGCGAGGAUGAGGACGACUACAACGACGACGAGGACGCGGAGAUGUCCGACGCCGACGCCCCCGCGGCCCCGCGGGCGCGGAAGUCCGGGAGCACGGGGUCGAAGGACGACGGCGCGCCGUCGCGGCUCGGCGACGGCGCGUACGCGCUCAUGGAGCCGGCGGACGUCGAGCGCAUGUUGGUCGCCAAGGCCCGGGAGGUGUCGGAGACGCUGGACGUCCCGCCCGAGUCCGCCGAGGUGCUCCUGCGGCACGUGGGCUGGUCGGCGGAGCGGCUCAUGGAGGCGUUUUGGAGCGACGGCGAGCGCCUGACGGGCGCCGCGGGCGUGGACACGUGGGCCGCGGACGGCGGCGACGCGGCGGCCGCCGCCGUCGCGCUGCCGAGCGCCGAGGGCACGGUCACGUGCCGCAUCUGCUUCGACGACGUGCCCGCGUCGAGCGGCCGGAGCGCCCCCUGCGGCCACUUCUUCUGCGAGGACUGCUACGGCGGCUACCUCGCCAACGCCGUCGACGAGGGCGCGAGCUGCGUCAUGGCGACGUGCCCGGAGCGGGGCUGCGCGACGCGUGUGCCCGGCGCGCUCUUCGCGGCGCUCGUGGACGCGAAGCGCGUCGACCGGCGCCGGUCCUUCCGGCUGGAGAACUUCGUGUCCUUCUCCAAGGACCUGCGCUGGUGCCCGGGCAAGGGCUGCGGCCGCGUCGCGCGCGCGGGCGCGGGCGUCGGCAGUGUCAAGUGCGCGCCGAACGGCUGCGGCUGCAACUUCUGCAUGCGCUGCGGCGAGGAGGCCCACAGCCCCGCGUCCUGCGGCCUCAUCGCCCAGUGGACGGAGAAGUGCCAGAACGAGUCGGAGACCGCGAACUGGAUCCUCGCGAACACGAAGCGGUGCCCAAAGUGCCAGACGCGCAUCGAGAAGAACCAGGGCUGCAACCACAUGAACUGCUCCCAGUGCAAGUACGAGUUCUGCUGGAUGUGCAUGGGCGACUGGGCGGACCACGGCGCGACGACGGGCGGCUUCUACAAGUGCAACAAGUACGACCCCCUCAAGGCCGAGGCCGACGACGGCGCCAUGGACGACCAGGCGCGCGCGAAGCGCGAGCUCGACCGCUACCUCCACUACUACAAGCGCUUCCACGGCCACGACCAGUCCCAGGCCUUCGCGACGAAGCAGCUCGAGUCGACGGAGAAGCGCAUGGUCGAGCUCCAGGAGUCGACGCACGGCUCGUGGAUCGACGUCCAGUUCCUCAAGACGGCCAACGAGAUGGUCAUCGACUGCCGCCGCGUGUUGAAGAACACCUACGUCUUCGGCUACUACCUCCCGACGCCCGCGAAGCGCCAGCGCGAGCUCUUCGAGAACCUCCAGGAGCACCUCGAGCGCUUCACGGAGACGCUCUCCGAGAUGACGGAGCUGCCCCUCGACCAGAUGGACCGCUCCGAGAUCGUCAACGUCACGCGCGUCACCGAGUCCUUCCUCGCGAACCUCAUCCAGGGCGCGGAGGCCGGCCUCGACGUCCCGGACGACGACGCCGCGCCCGCCGCGGCCGCGGCGGCCUGACGCGCCCCCGCCCCUUCGUCGCUCGUCCUGCCCCUUUCCCCCGCGCCGCGCCGGGCGCCAAUACGUACAGAGAUACGACCCG